AUUUGUUUGUUUCUUUUGAUAAUAUAAAAUUUUAGGUUUGCGAUAUGAACUGUAAAAUACUUGCUAUCAAUGCAAAGUUCGGUGGUGCUACCCAUGAUGCCUUCAUCUGGGAAAAUAGCAAUAUAAAUGAUUAUAUGAAAUAUUUAUACCGGAGUAAUGAAUCUGUGUGGCUAUUGGGUGAUUCUGGGUAUCCUCAAAGACCUUGGAUGAUGACACCAUAUACAGAUGCAGCACAGGACUCAAUUGAAGAGAUAUAUAAUAAAAAACAUUCCUGUGCCAGAGUAGUUAUCGAAAACACGUUUGGAAGGUUGAAGAAUCGUUGGAGAUGUUUAAACAAGGACAGAGUAUUGCAUUAUAAGCCAGAAAAAUGUGCAAAAAUUAUUAUUGCAUGUUGUGUAUUGCAUAAUAUUGCACUCCAGUAUCAUGUUCCAGACCCAGCUCACAUUUUCACUGAUGUACAGGUUCCAACAGAGCGGCAAGAUGUUUCUCAAGAAAGUGAAGCCAGUACAGAUUUACUCUUAGGAAGAACACUAAGAAGUCAAUUAGCUAGAAGAGUUGCUGAGAGCCAUUCAAAUCAAUAAAUACUGAAUAGAAUAAUUAA